AUGAACGAGCAGGACGUAGAGCAUGAAAAUGUAUCCAAUGGCGCUUCAAAUUCACCAUGGCCACCGCAAGUAGCGGUCUCUCAAACCGCUGCGCCACGGAAGUACGGGAUCAAGGAGAAACACAACAUACAGAAUGGUAACCGUCCACUCGCAAGCUCCAGCCUCCAGCUCGUCAAGUACAUGUGGACGUUGGCCGAAUUUGAUGAGCGCUUCAGUCCACCAGCAUCGAUAACGUCAUUCCCAGCGGCAGAACCGCGUCGGUCGGCUGACCCUGCUCCGACGUCCGCAAGCUCCUUAGCGACUGCGGUACCAUCGGCCGCGACGUCUUUGCGAAGGGCGCCUCCGAAGCUGCCGGCAAGCUUCACCCUAGCGAGGACGAGCUCGCCCGCGACGACGAGCGAGGGCAAGUUCAAGUCCCGUGAGCAGCUCGAGGAGGAGAAGCAGCUCUUGCAGGAGGCGAAGGCGACCGGAAGUCAGGCCAAGGCGCCCGCCGACCAGGUGCAGGCGCAGGCGGAGAUGUACAGUGACGGCGAGCGCCCAGUGACGAACAUGACCGCCGGCGCGCCGGCUGACUUCGAGAAUUAUGAGGAGCAAACCUUUUCUUCGUCUGAAUCGAGGCAUGUUUGCCUCCUCGCUUCGCGCUCGCGCGCCCAAGCCGACGCACUUCCAGCGAUUUUUCUGCCUGUCACCAAUGCCAACGGCACCCAGUCGCGCAACUUGAUGAACAAGGCGAAGGGCUUCCGCGACGGCAUGCAUGCGAAGAUCUUAGGCCAGCACAAGGACAAGGCCCGUGAGCGUGUCGAUUGCGGCAAAGAUACCAUCGACGACUACUUCCCGCAGGAGCGUCGCGACCGAUACAUCUAUCGCAUGAAGAAGGUCAUUGUCGAGUGCCGAAGCCACAACGACUAUCAGGAGUCAAUCCCCUGGCUGCUCGACGCCAUCUCGUCGUAUUUCCAGCACAGUAAGGAGAUUGGCAAGCAGCACGCGAAGCAUACAGCGAAGGCGUCGAAGAACGACGGGUCCCUCAACGAAGCGUGGGGUCAGCUUCGCCUGCUCCUCGAGCGCUUCGCGAACGGCGUCAGCAUGGACAUGAUCUUCGACGCGGCGAACGCGCUCGCGGAUGAUGCGCGCAACGAUCCGGCGCUGAAACAGUGCUUGAAGAACGCGAACGCCUACAUUCACAGGGUUAAUCCUCUACGCUGGGGUCACGUUGCUCCUCCAGCUCGGCCUCGUGCUCAAGGACGAGUGCAACGAGCCGGCCAGGUCUUCUUUGAGGACAAGUACAAGGGCCACUUCGACAACGUCUUCCAGUCGAUCGCCACCUUUAGGCGCGUCAUGGGUGAGAACACGCUCAACGUUCGCUUCGGUCAGGACUUGGCGCGCCUCACCAAGGACCUGCUCUUCGACUCGGAGGGCCGUCUCGCCUUCAAGUCCGAGCUUUGGGCAAACAUCCGCCACGCCAUCCUUCCCAAUGUCGUCAUGAUCGGCUACGUGCCCAUCCCGCGCAUUGUGUACACUGACGACGCGUUCGACAUCGUCAUCGAGAACCUCGUGUUCUCAGGCCGCAACCUCUUCCCCAACAUCAUCAAGGUUCGCGCCAACGACCACUUCAAGUACAGCCCAUAUGUCAGCAUCAGAGACGAGGGCAAGCACGAGUUCACGCUCGGUUUCAGCCAGGUGCAGGCCUACCUCCACGAUGUCGCCUUCUACUCCAGCAAGAAGUCCGGCUUCCCGACCAUCUCCGACUCCGGUUUCGCUGAUAUCGUCCUCGGUGGCGAGAAUCUCAAGGCGACCGACAAGUCGUCGGUCCUGAAGGUCAAGUCCGUGAAGGUUAAGGUUGACAGCCUCAAGUUCGGCAUUCGCGACUCAAAGCACGACCUGCUGUAUAAGACGCUGAAGCCGCUGGUGAUGGAGCUGGUGAGGAAGCAGAAUCAGAAGGCGGUUGCGGACGUCACCCAGACGGGGAUGGAGUGCAUCGACGGGCAGCUCGUUAGCGCAUCGGAGAAUGAGAUGCGUAUGGAUGCUCUGAAGGAGACCAAGAAGCAGGAGGCGGACGCGAGUAGCACGGCGACGAAUCAGAGGUAUCAAGAUACUAUUGGCGGCUCCCUUGUCCACGUCGCGUGCAAAGCUCCGCCACUACACUACGCCAUCGCUAACCGCUCCGUGUUCUCCUAUGAGCUCGUGGGGCUGAAUGUACUCUCUCGCGCGAGCGCUGGCAAGAAAUGA